CUUAGUUGAAAAUCAUGAGAAGUAGUCGUCUAAUGAUGAUUAAGAAAAGGCAAGCGCUUGAAGAAAGUAACGCUACAAAAACAGGGUUUAAUUCAGAGGAACGAAAUCCCUAUUUUUUCAAAAUCAUUGUUUCUCCCCUUGCUCAAAAAUCCAGUCUUAGGAUUCCGGUGGGGUUUGUGAAGAAAUAUGGAGAGCAAUUAUCUGAUGACAUAUUCCUUAAUGUGCCAAAUUCUGAAAAACCAUGGAAAGUGGAAAUAAAGAAAGAAAACACUGAUAUGUCCUUAGGCAAAGGUUGGCAAGAUUUUAUGGAGUUCUAUAGCUUAGAAUAUGGGCAUCUCUUAGUAUUUAGGCUAGAUGGGGGUUUACAAUCACAUUUUUAUGUCCUUAUACUCGACAAGAGUGGUACGGAGAUAGACUAUCCUGUUCGAAGCUCUCAUGUAUCAAAUAGAAGUGCUGACAGUAGGCUGCUUAAGAGGGAUGUUACAGAAGAUCACAGUCAUCACACUGAGGAGACCGAUGAUGUCUCCUUGGAAACGUUGGAUGAAUCCUCACCAAAAAUCAACACAUUCGACUCAGUUAUUAAUCUUGAUACCUCAGAUUCUGAUGAUGAUGUAGAAGGUUUAAGCUUCAAAAGUAAAGGGAAUGAUGAAAUCUCUCCUGAAAUGAGGAAGAAAAAUCUGAAGAAAAAGCUUGACAGCUUAAAAUCUCAAUAUCCUCACUUCAAAUCCAUUAUCUGUCCCACACAUGUGCAUAACAAAUACAUCCUGAGUGUUCCAUUCAACAGCCAUGCUUCAACUUACUUCCCUAGUGAUAAAUCUGAGAAGAUAAUCUUGAAAGGGCCAACUGGGAAAAGCCAUGCUGUCGGAUAUUAUUUUGGGAAGAAACAUGCACAACUCAUUAGCGGAUGGAAGUAUUUCGUGUUGGAUAAUGACUUGAAGGUGGGAGAUGCAUGUAUGUUUGAGCUGGUGAGUCGUAAGCCCAAUUUUUACAAAGUUUCUAUAUAUCGCGGCUAGCUAGUUAAGUAGUAACAAGGCAGGUUAAUAUUUGACAAUGUAGUCAUGUAGAGUUUUUGUCUGAAGAUGCUUGAUCCUUAGAUUGUAUAUUUUGUAGUUUGUUUUGAAGACCAAUAACAAAUGGCAUAUAGUAAUGUAAAUUAAAGAAGUUGAAGUCUGAAGACUAUAUAAAUCAUGAAUCCCAGUAUAUCCAACUAUGUUUAUG